UCAAUUCGUUGGCGACGCAAACCCUUGCUCUCCGAGAAGUCCGCUUUUCGGACCGACAUUUUUAAGUCAAGAAUUUAUUUUCCCCGAAAUUGUCGUUCUUGUUUUCAGCAUCUCUUUAAAAAAGGAGAGAAGAGAUCUGGCAAUGGCGUGACAGACCGAGCACUGGCUGGAGUAUAUUCGUGGACUAGAGGAUUUUCUAUUACCUUUCCUGGUGUUCUUUGUUUGCUCUUAUUUGAAGCAGCGAUGCAAAAGUUUUGAUCGGAUUUUGGGCAGUCUUCCACCUUUGGAUCGUGAGAAAGGAGGGAUUUCGUGGGUUUUUUAAGGAAAUCUGUGGGGCUUUUAACUGAUUCUUGUCUUUGGAACCUUUGAAUCUUGCUCUUGCCGGUGACGUUUUUCUAUGGGGACUGUGACUGUGACUCGUUCAGUAUGCAAGCUAAUGGGUCGCCUUCAGUCUUUGAAAAUGGGAUAAUUUUGUGUAAUAAAUUACUUGCACAAGGAGUGGUCAGGCUGUGCACACCUUUUCAUAAAAUGAUCUGGAGUUUUUCGUCGCAUCUGCAAUGAUUGGAGUUGGACAUUGACGCUUGGCAUGCACUACAGGCUAAAGUUCUCAGAGAUUAGAGUUUUCAAGUCUAAGUAACUGUUCUGCCAAGGUUGGAAUGUGCUUGAGCAUGCAUGCUUGAAAUUCAAUUGGGAUCAUGUUGUCUUUUAUCUAUCAAUUUUUGCCCUAGAGAUGAAUAUAAUUCCUCAAAACAAAUCUUAUCUUCAAAGUGCUUCAUCUAGAUUCUUUCCUUAUCUAGGGGAUUAUUAAGGGUUGCUUCCUUUAUAACAUGAAUUCAAUUGCAUAACGAUCAGAGUCGUUUCACGUUCCUUGGAUUGGCCUUCCAGAGUUCAUGACAAGCCUUUCUGUCUUUGUAAUUCUACCAGCUGGAGAUUCAGCACUAGGUCAUAAAAGUUGAUAUCAGGCUGAACACAAGUUAUGGUAAAUUAUACAAGUUCUGACAUCUGAUGGAUGAUCUGAUGAACCCCCACAUUAAGGCUUAAGUUUAUGUCCAUCUGGACCAGAACCUUAUGCUUGAUAAUUUUUAGGACCUGUUUUUUGUUUCAUCUUCCAUCUUGCUGUGUUUGUUUCCUAUAUACAUACAAUUUUGGGCACAAGAAUCUAUUUGCAACUUAUAUAACUGGUUUUAGAAGCUGUUUUUUUUUGUUGAAUCAUUUCUGUGAAUUAAAAAGCACUAAUUAGUUGCUGAAACCCAGAAUAAACACCUUUUUGGACUUUAAGAUCUUGCAUUUCUUUCUAGAACCCAAAUAAUGUUAUAUGUAAUGCAUUGAUCUUUUUUUUUAUAUAAAUUUCUUGCUGACCCUCUACUAAUUCCAUUAUAAGGAGGGGGAAAAUUUCUUCACCAUCCUGUUUCUCUACAAAAUCUACUGGUAUGCUAGUCUUGUUCUUCUUAGGGAUUGAAUGUAAAAAAAUAAAUAUUAAGUUGGAUGAAUUAAUAAUCACAACUCACAGUUUGCUUCUGUACAUUCUACUACACCUAACCAGGACUCUGGGCAGCAAUUUAUCGGAGCACCCAUCUGAUUCAAGCAAUACCACCUUGCUGACCUUCCAUUGAGUUCACUUAUGGAAAGCACCUAGAACUCCUUAUCAGAAGAAAAUAUUAUGCCUUGGACAACGGAAGUCAUCAAUGGGAAUGGAGACUCAAUUAAGGUGGGAACUACCGGUACAAUUGGAUCCCUGAUGUCACAAGAGUUAGAGUCCAUGAAACAAUCAUCACAAGCAUCCUCUUCUACACGAGGAAAACAUCAAACAGGCCCAGUUACAGUACCCUGUGGUGCUAGUCCUAAGAAAACAUUGCAGAGGAAAAAUCCACCUAAUGAAUCUGGCAGCAGCAGAAGCAGCAGUGACACAGAUCACAGAACCCCUGGAUAUGGCCAUAAGCCCCGACACAACCCCCGGAAAAAUGGACACCGAGUUCCAAUGCUUGGCUCUGAUGAUAUCCCUAUAGACAGAAAUUCAAAUAUAGACAAAAUGGAAAAGAAAGGACAACCUUACAUUGUGGAAAUUGUAGAUCUAAAAUGCAGCAACCCCAUGAGCAGCCGGCUCAAAAAGCUUGGCUUCUCCAAGCUCUCUGAAUCCAUUGCCUAGUCCUGAGGCAGCUUGUCAUCAUCCAUCCUCAGUCUUCUGUAUCUGAUCCCUUUGAUCCUUUCCGUCUGGCUGGAGUUAGCUAUCUCUGCUGCAGAGCAGAUGCUUGGCAGCAAUCCUCCACUGCUCACCUUCUUGUACUUCUUCUUUUUCCUUGGAGUUGUGCCGUCAGAGCUCGACUUGUGCCUGGUGCUGUCACUGGAUGAAGCUGCAUCCAUUGUCAGGUUCUUUUGUUUCUGGUAAGAGACUUCUUGAUAGCCUAGAUCAAGCCUUCUGAAGUACUCAAUCUCCAGUGUGACAAGAGACCCAAUUGUCCCUCGAGUGCCAGCCUCGACUGGAGCAGGUCUUGCUGCCAUUUUCUUGAGGUACAAUGGUGGUUCUUGGUGUUUGCUUUUAUGGCAUGAUGUGGAAGAUGGUGUGGAGUAACUUAGAAGGGUCUUUUGGUUUGGUGGAACUGCUUUUUAUGAUUUGAGGUGGUGGGGCAGUUGUGUCUCACCUUUUUUUCCUAUAAAUGCUUCUGCAGCAAAAAUUAGAGAUCGGAUGAAAUGAUGAUUGGGUCAUCUUACUCUUGCAUCUUCACUCUAUAAUAUAUGAACUUGGUAUAUUUCUGUUU